UGGUAGUGUGUUUGGGCGCCAAGGAGACUCGGGGUCAGAGGGUGAUGAUGAGACCCAGCUGAAGUUCUACACAGAGCAGCACAGAGGCCGCCGGCGCAGCAGAGGUUGUCCACACAGCCCGAUGAACAAGGCCACUCUGACAUUGAUCACCAUCAGUACGUGUGUCCUGGCUGUGGUUUACGGCACGCAGCUCUCCUGCUCUCUCACCGUCAAGGUUACACUCCACGUGCCCGAACACUUUGUUGCCGACGGAAGUAGUUUUGUGGUGAGCAUGGGCAGUUUCCUGGAUGUGUCUAACUGGCUGAACCCUGCCAAGCUGAUCCUAUAUUACCAGACCAACUCCUCCACCCAGUGGGUCAGAGAUUACUGUGGCCAGAGGACCACCGAGCCCUGUGAACAGCUGUGUGACCCAGAGACGGGUGAAUGCAGCUGUCAUGAGGGCUAUUCCACUGACCCGGUGCAUAAACAUCUCUGUGUUCGCAGUGACUGGGGACGCAACGAAGGUCCCUGGCCCUACACUAACCUGGAGAAGGGUUAUGACCUCGUCACAGGGGAGCAAACGCCAGAAAAGAUAUUCAGGUCGUCCUACAGCCUAGGCCAGGGUCUGUGGCUGCCAGUAAGUAAGAGCUUUGUGGUGCCACCGGUGGAGAUGUCAAUCAACCCCAUCGCCAGUUGCAAGACUGAUGUGCUGGUGACAGAGGACCCUGGGGAUGUCAGGGAGGAGGCCAUCAUGUCCACCUACUUUGACACAGUAGAUGAUCUCCUGGCGUCUUUCGGCCCGGUCCGAGACUGUUCCCAGGACAACGGGGGCUGCAGGAAGAACUUCAAGUGUGUGUCGGACCGCAGAGUCGACUCAACAGGCUGUAUGUGUCCUGACGGGCUGCGGCCGAUGAAGGAUGGCUCGGGUUGCUAUGACUACUCAAAGGGCACGGACUGCACGGACGGCUUCAAUGGGGGCUGUGAGCAGCUGUGUCUCCAACAGCUGGUGCCCCUACUAGACAACCCCAGCUCCAGCAACAUCCUCAUGUUCUGUGGGUGUGUGCAGGAGUACAAGCUGGGGGGGGACGGUCGCUCCUGUCUCCUCCAGACAGAGAACUGUGAGGGGCCAAAGUGCCAGAGGCAGGACAUUCGUUUCAAUGACACCCUGUUUGGGGAGAUGCUGCACGGCUACAACAACAAGAGCCAGCAAGUCAACCUGGGACAGGUCUUCCAGAUGACCUUCCGGGACAACAACUUCAUCAAAGACUUCCCCCAGCUAGCAGAUGGACUGAUGGUUAUCCCGUUACCUGUGGAGGAGCAGUGUAGAGGAGUGCUGUCUGAGCCACUGUCCAAUGUACAGCUCCUCACAGGUGAUGCUAAGUUCAAUGAGGCUAUGGGCUACCCCAUGGUUCAGCAGUGGAGAGUGAGGAGCAACCUGUACAAAGUCAAGCUCAGCGCCAUCACCUUGUCUACAGGCUUCUCCAAGGUUCUGAAGACACUGACUGCAGAGAGCACCAGAGAGGAGCUGCUGUCCUUCAUCCAGCAGUACGGCAGCCAUUACGUAUCCGAGGCCCUUUACGGCUCCGAGCUCAGCUGCACCAUCUACUUCCCCAGCAAGAAGGCUCAACAGCAGCUCUGGCUGCAGUACCAGAAAGAGGUGACAGACCAGGGCAGCAGGCGCGAGCUCAAAUCCAUGCCCUUCAUCAGCUACCUGUCUGGGCUGCUGAAGACCCAGCUACUGGCAGAGGACCUGGUGAGCGGUGUGGAGAUUCGCUGUGAGGAGAAGGGCAGCUGCCCCUCGGCCUGCCACCUGUGCCAUCAGGCAGGCCGCGAGCAGCCCUUGCCCAUCCCCGUUCUGCUGGAGGUCAGCCGCAUCGUGCCCCUUUACAGCCUGGUGCAGGACAACGUCACCAAGGAGGCGUUCAAGAGCGCCACCAUGAGCUCAUACUGGUGCACAGGCAAGGGCGAUGUCAUCGAUAACUGGUGUCGCUGUGACCUGAGUGCCUUCAGUAAAGACGGCCUUCCCAACUGCAGUCCCCUGAGGAAGCCUGUGCUUAGACUGGCCCCUCACCUGGAACCCUCCAGCACCAUGGUGGCCCUGGAGUGGUUGGAUGUGGAGCCACUGAUUGGCUAUAAGGUCUCUGAUUACAUCAUCCAGCACAAGCGGGUGGAGGACCCCUCAGAGGCAGAGAUCUACACAGGUGAGUUGUUAAGUCUGGUGGACGACCUGCUCUCAGGUCUUGGUUCGUCCUGUGUGGUGGCGGGUCGAAGGAACGGAGACCAUCCUCACUCUGUGCUCUACUCGCUGGUCUUCAAGUGCCUGGAGCCCGACAGCCUCUACAAGUUCACCCUAUAUGCUGUGGACAGUCGAGGGAGUCGUUCAGAGUCUAGCUUCGUCUCAGUGCGGACGUCUUGUCCAAUGGUAGAUGAUAGCAGAGCAGAAGAGAUAGCAGACAAGGUAUAUAACCUGUACAACGGCUACACCAGUGGCAAGGAGCAGCAGACGGCCUACAACACUCUGAUGGAGAUUCCCCCUCCACUGCUUUACAGGGUGCAGCACCACUACAACUCCCACUACGAGAAGUUUGGAGAUUUCGUCUGGCGGAGCGAAGAUGAGCUGGGACCCAGGAAAGCACAUCUGAUCCUGCGCAGAGUGGAGAGGAUCAGCCGGUACUGCCGGGCCCUGCUCCACAGCGCAUACAUUCAGAGCCGCACAGACACCAUGGCCUACGUGUUCUGUCGCAGCGAGGAGGUUCGGCCCACCAGCAAAGUGUGGCAUGGCUCCCUGCAUGAGACCCGCACCACCUGCAUGGAGAAACUGAUCUCAGUACAACGCAGCACAUACGGCAACGCCAAGCUCCGAUGAGACAAGCUGCCCGACGACACAAUGACAGCCGCCUCCUCCUCGUUUCUAGUUUCUCCACUGACUGGUAUUUUUCCAAAUCAGGAGAGCCCUGAAACCUCGACUCCACUGGACAUUGUUAGAACUACUGUCAAACACCCUCAAAUGCUUUUUUGGAAAAAGUGCUAAGAACUGCUUGAAGAGGGAAGACGGUUUGGAUGUACAUGCCAGUGACCACCACUAUCAAUGAGGAGGAGCAAUGUGAGCAUGUAAAUUAUCAUUCAACCCAGAGCAAAUUGGUUGGCAAAAAAAUACUGAAUGUAAUAUUGCAGUUUCUCAUGUUACUUCGACUGGAAACGUACCAGGGAAACAAACAAACAAAAAAACAACUCCCUGUUUGUCUCUCCUCUUGGCUGGAGAGAUGUGAAAGAGAGCGUUUAGUUUUGAUUUGAUUCAUUUGUAAUACUUAAACAUAGCACCACUACAAUAAUGUCGUCUUUUUAAUGCAGACAACAUAGUGUUUAUAAUAAAGGCUACGGAGAAAUCCUGUGUGACGGAUUGUGAUGUCAUCAGCUGUACCGUACGGUGUGUGAGUUAACGCUUUGCAGCUAGAAAAGUCCUCAACCAGCAGUGUUUCCUUUUUUUUUUUUGUUCGUUUAUUGUCGUUUAUCUCCUCAGAUGUUGACAAAGGUGGAGAGCUCCUAAACCACAGGGAAAAUCCUUAUUUAAAAAAGAGUCCAUUCAAAUGGUCAACUGGUGAAUAUAGGUAACGAAAAAGAAAACAUUUUCAUAGGAAAAUAUUCCAAAUGACUUCAAGAUUUGAUGCUAUAUGUAUGGAUUGCAGGGUGAUGGCAGGUGAAUGCCAAUGAGUAAUGAAACGCUAUAAAGGAAUCAUGUUUAAUGGUAUGGAUCUUGUAGGAUCCCUUCCCUCAAGGAAACAUUUACUUGACUUUCCAUCUCUCAAGAGCCAUGGACAGAAAAAUCCAACUCAUUGUUUUUUUGUAUUGAUUAUCAUUUCACGUUAUAUCAAUUGUAAUAGUAAAUUAUUAUAUUGUAAAUAUGAAAUUGUAAAUAACAUAUGUAUUAUUAUGUGGCUUUAAUUGUCUUUUUU